AUGACCAGUCAUUGCGAAGAGCUACAGGUGCACUCGGCGACGCUGCACGGGGUCGUGCCCUUCCCAACGUACCAUAGCACAAUUGCAGCGCCCGUCACAUGCACGCGCGGGUUCUGCAGCGUCCUCAGUGCUGCCGGCGAGCUGGUCGUGCUGCAACCGUCGCGGGCGCCGAGCCAACAGGACGUGCCGAGCCAACAGGACGUGCAGGACCACUCGUUUCGGGUGGUAGCGGUUCUGCCACCGCCUUUAGCGAUAAGGAUUGCGAGCUUUUGCCAGUGCUGGCUGCCCGACGGGUCUCUGGUUGCUGUAGCGCACGACCGCAGGGUCGUUUUCUACUCUACGGACGCGUUUCAGGUGCAGCGGCAAGUGCAGGUGCGAUACAGCGUGACGGCGAUGGACAUUGUCGUGCGGAAGAAGGAGGAGAGGAGGCAAACGGUCGACGAGGAAGAGCGAGUUGACGGUGUUGAGCUGCUGCUGCUCGUUGCGACAGCGUUUGGAGCGUUCGUGUACGUUGUCGCACUGGAAAAAAGUGGCCAAGAGGCUCAAGACAGCUCACGUGACGAGACGCUGGAGCUGUUACUAGCUCCGGUUGCUGCAGUGCACACUGGUGUGGCCAUGUGUAUGGUCAAGUUCUCGAGCGACGGGUGCACGGCUGCAAUGGGGAGCGUGGACGGUCGGCUCUUCUUGCGAGCACUGGGAUCGCACGACGACCACACGCUUGCUACGUGUGGGACGGUAGUGUUCUCGAAGGUGCUGCCCGCUCCACGGGUCACGAGCUUAUGCUUCUCAUUGUGCUCGACGCAACUCGUGGCCGCGACGAGGAAUGGCAACGUCUACGUGUACACGCUCUCGACCGAAACACGGCGCUGGCGAUCGCUGCCACGUGGUGCCGACCUUGACAGGCAUCCGAAAGCAGGCGGCCAAGCUGGCCCACACCGAGCAGGGACAGCCGCGCAGACCCUCGUAGCGUGCUGGGGGGCUUCUGUCUUUGUCGCGUGUGCACGAGCCAGUGCAUCCCGACUGGACAUGCACGACCUCGUCACGGGCUAUCGGCUACGCUCGCUGCAGUUUGCCCCAUCAUCGACCGCCGGCUCUUCUUGCGGAUUGAGCCAGUGGACAGACCAGCACGUGGUCACGGGGAUUUGCAGUAUGCGGACACGCGACGGCGGUCCCUCGUGGCUGUUGGUCCACGACGCGACUUCGAAGGUCCGUGUCGUCACGUGGCCGUUUCUCGACGUCGUUGCCGGUUGA